AUGACACACAGGAUUGCGUCGUUUUCACACGUCUUUAGAUGAAGCCGCUUGAUAAAUCUUUCUUCAGAUCCGAUAACUUUUCUACCACCAAGAAGCUCUAAGUAAAUAUAAUUAAGCAAUAAAGGGAGCAUAGUUUCAUAUUUUUGCGUGCAGAUCCAAAUUCAUUUCAUCUCAUGGAUUAUUUUGAACGUUUUAUUGCAGUUAAGGGAUUUUAAUAUUGCUUAUCAAAAGUACCAAAAAAAAAUCGCUGGGCUUUAAUGGAUAAAGCCGACAAAGCGGCGCGGUCUGUUCGCACCAGCACGCGCCUCUGCAAGACAUCUAUCUCAGAGAUAAAACUCCAGAAUGGAUUUUUAUUUAUAAUAAUAAUAAUAAUGAUGAUGAUAAUAAUUAAAAAAAGCCCCUGUUGGUCUGCCGCUUGAGCAUGCUGAAUUAUUUAGCCGUGUUGUGGAAAACACAGGAGAGCACCUGUUUGUUGUUGUUUUGCUCUCUGUUGCCCACGCACGAGCGCUUGAUCAAAGUAGUCGGGAUGGCAAAGUAUUCGGUUUUAGCCUGAUAAACUACACAGAACUGCAAACAAGAUUAACCACAUAUAACUUUGACGCAAACACCUAUCAAAUCACCAUGAUAUGGAAAAAGCACAAGCUACAAAAUAGACUUAUUUAUGUAUAUUCGAAACUACAUUAUGUGGAUGCUUGACUAUAUUUUUUUUCGCUUAUUUGCGAGGGGCAACUGCUCAAAGUUGAGCCACUAGGAGGAGCUCAAUAUUUCCACAAAAACUUUAUUUGUGGAUGAUUUUUUUGUUUGGCUUCUAGACUGCCAGUCAACUAAGCGGUAAUCCAAUCGUUUGUGAUGCCGAGGACACGCGUUUCCGUCUCGCGCUUCGUGCCGCUUUUACUCGCAAGUCCUUCUCGAGCGCCGCCGGAUUCCGUCACUUCGCCGUGUGCACGAGCCAGCUCUCCUAAUGUUUACAGCAGUUUGGAACAUUCCGCAGCGUGGAAUCAACUGUACACUACAUUACCCACGGCAAAACCGGGCCGAUGGCCCAGCCUUCUUAAAGGAGCAGGGGGAAUGCGGAGAGAGCGCCUCCCGGGCCGAGCCGUGUGAGAGCCCUCAGCCGAGCGAAUUGGAAGUGUUUUUUAGGGGAGGGAUCGCGGUGCCGAAUAGCCGUGUGGCUUACCAGACAAGGUCGCCUGUGUUCCGAACCCUCUCCAGGUCGUCGAGUGGAUAUUUUUCGUUCGACAGCGAGCCGAGCUCCCCGCUUAUCACCCAUAGCACAGCCACUCAGACCCCGAGUCCGUCUAGUCAAGUGAUAACUCACGCCCUGCAGCGCAUUUCAGAAGCGCGAGGCGACGCGCAGAAUCAUGACAGGGUGAAAUACUAUUUGUUCUGGAAAGACAGCAACCAGGAGCAAGAUAAAGACAACAGGAAAAAGAAUUAUGGCCAGCUCUCUAUAACCACUAUCCACCCCACGGAGCAGCAUCUGCGGGGGACAUGCAAGCGGAGUUGCACCGUUCCAUUGGGCGAGAGUUGCAGCGCAUCGGCGAUGAAUUUAACCAGCUUUAUUUCCGCCAGGCAGAAAGAAACGGCGGUGCAGCCCCUCAACAGGCUCAGAACGAGCCGGCCAUCAUGGUGUGGGUAGGGAUCCUGAUCGGACGGCUGUUACAGUUCUUCCUGAGACAAAGAUGAUGGACAGAGAGAGUACCCAGCAGACAAGUAGCACAUGACUGUAGAUAUGUAUAUACACCCCAUCAGAAACUGUGCCCUUUCUCUCUCUCUCUCUCUCUCUCUCUCUCUCACUAUGAGAGCUUCUGUAUCUCUAUCAGGGGCACACCGACGACUUUGACAUUCCCUGUCCGGAGGAGGAUUUGGAUCUGGAUGUGCUGGAAUUGGGUGGGGAAUUCUGGGAUUUAACUUGGAGUCAAAGACAGCUUUGUUUCCUGCAUGAACAUGGAAAGCUGAGCCAUUAAAACACUGGGUCGAGAAGGUGGCGAGGCCUCUCUCUCCCUCUGUCUGUCUCUCUCUCUCACUCUCUCUCUCUCUCUCUCUGUCUGUGGAGGGUGUUUUGUGAAGAAACGUCCAAAACGUGCCUUCAUGGCCCCAGUGCUCUAAUCUUUCCCUUUCAGUGCCUGUUCGCUGUUUCUUUCUUUUUUAUUUGUGUAUAUCUUUUAUCCCUCUUUUGUUCUGUAUUUAUUUGUAUUUAAUUUGUGUUUUGUUUUAAAUGGAAGUGGAUUAGUUAGCGGUAAUGCUGCAGUUCUGUCUGUCCUUCUUUACUGACUCGAAAUUUGCACUUCUGUUCGACUCAUCACAUGAUGUUACACGAAAUGAUUUCGAUAAUCAUUUAUUGCCUGAAGAUCUCGGUGGAAACAAGGAAAUGUGCGACUGGUUAUCAGCAGCUUAUGAAAGCUACAGAAACACACCAGGUCACACACUGAGUGACCUCUUGGCAGAGGGACAACCGGCCUGUACUACGGGUGCGAUUUUCACACUGUUAUUCGCCAGAGAAACGUUAGCCUUGGCUCAAUGCCUUUUCACGUUUUGAGGCCAAGUGAUCUAAUACUGACGAAAUACACACUUUCACGAGGCAGCCUUUUUUUUUCCUUUUGUGAAAAUGAAUGAAAGCCGAGCAAGUGGAAUGUCUACACACCGACAAGACAGACAGGCUUCCACUUCAAAGUGAUUUUAAUGCAAUUUUUAUUUUUAAACAAAUGAAUGGUUUUAAUUGUUUGAAAUUUGGCCCAUGGUGAAAUGUAAUGAAAGCAAGGUUUAUUAAUACACAUGCGGUUGGUCAGCUGUGGUUACAUUGGCCAUUUCAUCGUGGGUGGUACGUCCACAUUUUGUGUGUGUGUGAGAGUGUGUGUGUAUGUGAGUGAGUGAGAUUAAAGCUAUUCAGGGGAUUUUCAAGCGAGGUUUUAUUUUCUUGCUGACCAAGAACAGUCUUAAUCACCAAGUCUAAAUUCAAGAACCAUGAUUUAAUGAUGUCAUAAAAAUAGCCUCAGUGACUCAGGGGAUUUUAUACCUGUGGAGAAACAAAAUGGACUUCCUUCAUGAUCCAGUCCAUGGCUUUAACCUGCACCUCCCCAAACCAUUUUUUUAUGCAUUGCCAUUUCCCCAGUAUUGCAUCGAGACCUGCAUUCUUGGCACUUAACAACUGAUAUGUUAAUCAUGUUAAAUACGUUAACUGAUGUUAAUAGACAUCCCACAAUCCACUUGUUAAAAUGCAGUUAUGUGCAACUGAUUUGUGUCAUGAUUCAUUUUUAAACAUUUCUUUCAGUCACAAUUGAAUUUCCUGUCACAAGCCGUUUACCUUUAACAAGCCACAAGUUUACCUUUAACUGUUCCAUGUUUCUCAGUCAAACCAAAGAACUUGUUCCAACAUACUGUACGUAACAGUUGAACUUUGCAGUGGGUUUUUUUGAUAUGUAUGCCUUGUAUACACUCAACCAUGUAAAGAUUGGGAUAGAAUCAAUCUCCCGGUAUCAGAAAUGUCAUAUAGUUCACGUUAAAAUGUUUCUGCACCCUCCUCCCUCCCCUUUUAUUUCCACUGAACAAACAUUUUUCAUUUUCUACAUUCCAGUUCACUGGAUUUUUAACUAGAUUCCGUCUCAUUACCUGCAAAUUAACUGAUCCACCUCGCAGACCCAGUACAUUUGUAGCAAAAUGUCUUUCUUUGAUUCUCUUUUUUUUAUUUUGUUGUUUGCACUGAAUCUUAGCUCUGCUGAACUUGUGCAAUACUGCUGUAAAUAAAAGCUUCUUUUUUCAUCUUUCUAAA